AUGGCUAAUCCAAACAUCAGCUUGAUCCUGAAGAGACUGGACGAGGUGAACUCCCAGAAAAUCAACCUGCUAGCUGAAGUCAAGCCGGAGUUCGACUCCCUGCAGAGAGAACUCAGGUUCAUAAAGGCAUACAUGGCAGAUAAUAAGAGAUCUUGGCCGAUUUUGGCGGAGGUAAUGCUCCCGCAGCUGAGAGAAGCGGCCUUUGAAGCUGAGGACAUCAUCGACGAUUUCAAUCUCAUGCUCAACCAAAAGAAACGCGGCGUUCGGAGGCUCCCUGGUGAGCAUCCUCGCCUUUGUGGGCAAACGCUCUGCUCGUCGCCAACUGGGUACCCGCAUUCAAGAUUCCAGGAGGAGAUUCCGUGAGAUCUACGACCAGAUGAAGGACUUCGGUCGAAGGAUCGUACCAGUAGGUGGAUCCGCUUCCUUCCGCUCUGCGGCGCGAGGCACGUCUGAGCUGGAGGAGUCUGCUCUGUCCGGCGGGCUGAGCGUCGUGGGAUUCGCAGGGACCGAGCGAUCCAUGAGGGAGCAGCUGUUGAAUGGGGAAGGCAAGCCCGCAGUCAUAUCCGUGGUGGGAAUGGGAGGAAUAGGGAAGACCGUCAUCGCCAUGAAGAUCUACAGCAGCUGUGCAGUCAAGAGUGAUUUUCAGUGCAGAGUGUGGGUCACUGUUAGCCAGAAAUUCACUCUCACUGAGCUUCUGCGGCGCAUUCUAGACUGCGUCCCGGGGGAGGGGAUGGAGGAGGAGACCACGAAAUUGAGAGUCAUGCAGCUGGUGGAGAAGUCAGAGCCCGCCUUGAAAAGGUGAGGUACCUGGUGGUUAUGGACGAUAUCUGGGAGAAGGGGGCCUGGAGUCCUGCCAGCCUCUCCCGGGAGCAGAGUGAUCCUCACCACCCGCAUUGAGGCCGUCGCCACGCAUGCGCAUGGACAGGUUCACAGACUUCCCUUUCUGAGCGAGGAGGAGAGCUGGGAAUUGUUCUGCGCUAAUGUGUUUCCCGGCGGCGAGCGGUGCCCCCCAGAGCUGGAGGAGGUGGGGAAGGAGAUGGUGAGAAGAUGCCGCGGACUGCCUCUGGCGGUCCUCGUUCUCGGCGGCUUGGUGAGCGAGAGAGAGGAGGAGGUACGAGUGGGGGGUCCUCCGCCGGCGUCUUACCCAGGAACUGAGCGCAGAGAGGAAAGAGAUCAUCAAGAACGUAUUAGGUUUAAGCUAUCAUGAUCUGAUCGGUGACCUGAAGAUAUGCUUCCUGUACUUGGGGCUCUUCCCUGAGGACAUGGAGAUCGACGCCACCAAACUGGUCCAACUGUGGGUUGCAGAGGGGUUCAUCCAGCAGACAAAGGGGCUCACCUCGGAAGAAACUGCGAAGCGGCACCUCGAGGAGCUCGCGAACAGGUCCGUUCUUCAGGUGGUGGACAGAGAUUACAUGGGGCGGGUCGACAGAUUCAGGAUCCAUGAUUUUCUCCUCCGUCUCGCGAAGGAUGAAGGACGGAGGAACCAGUUGAUCGACGUCCACGGGGGGCUCACCUUCAGGCAGGCGGUGAGGUCGUGCAGGCUUGCCCUUCCCGAGAAUGCGAGCGUCUACCUUUCAAGCUCGAUCUCCUUAGCUCUGAACCUGCGCGACCAGGAGCUCGGCGAUUCAUUGCUGAAACUGCUUUUUCUGAAGCGUCUCAGGGUGAUAGACAUCGGAGGCACGGCCAUUAAGACGAGCCCGAGGGAGAUCGGGAGAAUGGUCCAUCUGACUUACUUGGGCCUCAGGGGCACCAGGCUGGCCAGCCUCCCGUCCUCCAUUGAGAACCUCGGCAAGCUACAGAAGCUCGACAGCAGGAAUGUUCGAGGGAUCACUCUCCCGCAAGGUGUCUGGAGGAUGAAGAUGCUGAGGCACCUUCACGCUGAUCGUGCCAAGCCGGAUGCCUCCUGCGGAACCCUAUCGGAGUUGCAGACGCUUCAUACAGCCUUUGCCGGUGCGUGGGUGGAGGCGGGUCUGGGAAAGCUCUCCAACCUCCGGAAGCUGGGGAUCGGGGGCGCAAAGGAAGCUCACGUCAAGGCGCUCUCGGAGGCCAUUCAGAGGAGGCUGAAGCGCCUCAACUUCUUGCACCUGGAAGGUAGCCGCGUCCCCAACGUUCUGGGCCUGGACUUGAAGGACCACAAGGGGCUUCACCAGCUGAUCUUGAACGGACCAAGAAGGAAGGUCGGCGGACUGGUGGCCGGAAACCUGCCGCAGAACCUCACCGCCAUCACCCUGAUCGGGUGCCGACUGGAGCAGGACCCGCUGGCUCUGCUGGAGGGGCUGCCCGUCCCGGAGAAGCUCCGUCUGGGGAGUCACGCGUUCCUGUUCCUCGGAGAUGAGAUGGCCUGCUCGGCGACGGGCUUCUCCAAGCUACGGGAGCUAGAUAUAGAUGAGUUGUGGGGGCUGCGGCGGCUGGAACUGGGCAGAGGGGGCCAUGGGAUCCCUCGUCAGCAUCACUAUCGUGAGAUGCUGAUGUGACUUUGUCGUUGUAUAUUAAAUCACGUAAAUAUAAAAUUUAUAAAAGUAGAAAAUACGAUUUUUUAGAUAUUUAAAAGUAUUUUUGAAAAAAUAUAUCAAUUAUAAUCUAAUAAAACUUCCACAAAAUAGCGGUAAUUAUUCAGAAUUUUCCUCAAAGAAUACUAUUUUAUAUGAAUUUUAUACUAAGAAAUGAAGAGAAAAUAUAUUUAAAAUUCACAAAAAAAGAAAAUAAGAGUACGGACGUCAGGAUGACGUCAGUAUAUUUUGGUAAAUUAAAAUCACACAAAUUAUCACUAAAUGAACCGUAAAGGAAGUUUAAAGUAGGAAAAUAGAAUUCCAACAUCACGGCGGCAAUGCUUCAAUGAUGCACCGGAAUCUUGAGCAUUCGACAGGAUAGUCAUGCAGUGUCCACGGCCUCGAAGUCUCUCCUUGGAUAAGGACGAUGUGGGUAAUCUUUAGAUCUCCUUGCGAAGUCUAGAGGUCAAUGAAAUGAGUCGUCAAAUCGUCUUUAGCAGCAGUCACUCGACGAAGCGAAAAAAUAGCGACUUUGCGGUUGUUUGGCGGCUGUCACCUGACAGAGAGGAGCUAGAUGGAGGUGGGACAUGUGUCAGGGAGCUUCAUCCUCAGGUCUCCACAGUAAGAAGAGGCUCUUCAUCGCAUCUAGUACACUCUCAAGAAGUGGCGACUCGUCUCUUAGUAGAUCGUCCUCUUCUCGAUUAUGGCUUGUUCGUCGAUCAAUCGGAGAUGAUUUACUCAAUGGAUUCACGAUCCUUUUAUUGUCAAUCUUUUAGCAAUUUUAGUAAUAAUGCUCUGCGAAUCGCGUUGACGAGAUUUUCAUCGAUGAUCUAGCGAUUCUAGUUGCUUAAUCCUUCACCAGUGAUCUGCAGAAAAGUCAUGAUAAUCUGAUAAAAAUAUGAGUUUUGGCUCUAAGAGGAUUCAAACCCGUGUCGGUUGUGUGCCAAAUUUUCAGACGAAUAUAUAGUAAUGUUACAUUUUUAAGCAAAGUCUCUUUCUCGCGUGUGUACGGCCACUCCUUGUCCCACAACCGGCUGACCACUGGUGACGUGGAAUGGGAGUGACGCACACGUGCCCCCAUCGGUUCAAGCCGCUCAAGCCCCUGCUCGCAGCUACUCCCAACUGCACUUCCGACCCGCUUGCAGCCCGGCUGACUGGCGGGUCCCCCUGAUUUUGCUACAUUUUUAUUUUAAUUUUUUUCCUUCAUUUAUCUCAAAAGUAAGACUGUAAAAAUCAUAUAAAAUCACAUAAUUACCCAAAAAUUCACGUUAAUCAAUUGAAAAUCACUUUUCACACUUUAACACAAAUAUAAGUCUAUUUAUCAUAAGUUAAGGCUAAAACUAUAUUAUUUACUAAUUAUUAACUCAUGAUAAUGAAGACUUAUCAGAUGCCACGACUGGAGUCCCUACCAGAGGAGAUAGAGGGCAUGUAGGCCCUCAUCGAGCUGAUUCUAAACGGCAUGCCCACAGCAUUUACAGAGAGGUGUCACAUGGAUGCAGUUGAUUGGCCCAAGAUAAGGCAUAUCCCCACCGUUAAUGUCUUAUGAUACGUCAACGCCAUCUACCUUGGAAGUGAGUUCUCUCCCUCCCCUACUCCCUUGUUGACUUUUAUUUGGUCAGGUAUAUGAUCAGUGAGCAUUCCUAUUUUAAGAAAAAAGAAAAAACUCACCUUACUACUAGGGAGUAAAGAUAAGAAGAAAAGAAAGAAAGAGCAAAAUAAUUAUAAAAAGUUAGCCUCUUUGACCAUUUGAGUACGGAAAAUUUAGAGCUAAUUAUCAAGUUCUAGAACAACACCAUGAACCAUGAUCACUGGGGUUUCCAAGGUAAAAUUUGCUACCUUAUAGAAAGUUCAAGGGCAUGAUACUUGUUUUCAGGGUUUUUUUCACUAUUUUUGUGCUUUAUUUCUUCCAUUCUAGUGAGCUAAGUGUUGUUAUAUAUAAAUAAGAUACAAGGCAGCUUGUUAUUUAGGGAACGUAAUGGGCCACCCAAUGGUCACAUUCAAUGAUCACCCACACCUAAAAUUCAAACUCUAUAAACACUUAUUGAUAUAAAAAAAUAAAAAAAAUUAGAUGUUCAGUUUUUUUUCAUCGUGUUCAUAUUUAAAUUAUCUUUUUCAAUGAGUGAUCAGACACAUGACAUUUCAAGCAUAAAAUAUUGAUUAUUUUACCAUUUACUCCAUUUCUCAAAUUUAUGUAUAUCAUAAAAAUUAGAAAAAACGUAUGAGUUUUGACGCAUCUUUGUUUUUUUUUAGUGUUAGUCUUUCAAUUAUUUUUCCAAUGAGUACCUACAUAACUAUAUUUGUGGUACCAAUUUUCAUCUAAAAUGUUUUUAUUUGUUUUGAACAUAAAUACUAAUAGUUUUACCUUUAAACAAACGUUAAUAUUCAGACCUUCCUCAACACUCUUAUCAAUCUAGGUGAUACUACCCUAAAAUACUUCUAUUAUGGAAUUACAUUUCUUGAUAUAUCGUCAUUAUCGAAACAGCUUUAGUGAUUGUAACAAACAAGCUUUGACUAGUAGCAAACAGAUGAAUAGCUCUCUAGAAUAGUUAGCCAACACUAGAAAGCCGAAUUUGUUACUACAAACAGUUAUUAAAUCCAAAAAAUGUAGAUUAAAAGUUUAUUUACUCGGCUACAUAGAGCCAUGGAUAAAAUCAUUGGAGUGACUCUUCAGAUCCCAGGGGUAAAGGUGACUUGUGGCCAGCUAAAUAGAACCACAUCUAAAACACCAAACUAAAUAAACAUGAUAAGUUUUAAUUUCCCAAUAGUUGAAGUUUAUUCUUGAUUUUGCAAUAAAAUGUCACUCAACUGAAAAUUCUCACAAAAACCUGGAAACCCACGAAAUAUUCUGUAAAAAUCAAGAUUCUUAUGGAUCAUUAACUUCGAUCUGAAUCAUGUGAUAAAAUAUAAUCAACGUUUGAGAAAGUCUGGCAACUUCAUUACUAGCAAUCGAAUAGGAUCUAUGCAAAAGUGUGUGAGCGGAACAGAUUCACAGAACCAUUUUGAUCUUAAGAUGGAGAGUAGAGAAAGAGAUGGGGAUCGCUGCCGCGCUGCUUCAUCUUCUGCCGUUUAAGCACUUGGACUUGUGAAGAUCGCCAAGAGAAGAAUGGCGAUGGAUAAAACAUUGAAUAAACUGGCUUCAUGGAAAUGCAUCCCCAAACAAGGUAUCUAAGCGUUAAAAGAGUAUUGUUCAUUUCAAGGAAGAACAUAAGCUUUCCACAGUGAGGGCCAUUUUUCACAUCACUGUUCAUAAAUUCUAUAUUCGAUUUAUCAGUCGAGCUCACCCUUGUUCCUCUUCAUCAGGACCGAUCAUAUUGAUCCCACCCUCCUCUGCAUCUAGCCUCAUAAUCGAACAGACAUCCUACCAAGUUAGAUCAGUUCAAGAUCAAUCUGAAAAAAAUCGACUGAUGAACCUACUUUCGAGCUCAUAGAGGUAGAUAGCGAAGAAAGAAAGAGAGAGAGAGAGAGAUAGACAGCCAUCAGCUUGAUCCUGAAGAAAGUGGACGAGUUGGUCUCGCAGGAAAUCAACCUGCUAGUCGAAGUCAAGCCGCAGUUCGAAUCCCUGCAGAGAGCACUAAGGUUCAUAAACGCAUACCUUGCGGAUUUUGACCGGAACAGAGCUCAAGUUCCAGCUCAGGUGGAGGAACUGGGCCAGCAGCUGAGAGAAGCGGCCUUUGAAGCUGAGGACAUCAUCGACGAUUUCUAUCUCAUGAUCGACCAGAAGAAACGUAGCGGCAUCAGAGGCUCCCUGAUGAGCUUCCUCGUCGGUGUGGGUGAAACCUCUGCUCGUCACAAACUGGGUACCCGUACUGAACAUUCCAGGAGGAGGAUCGGCGAGAUUCACAAAAAUAUGGGGGCCUACAACAUAAAACUCAAACCAGUAGAUGAAUCCCCUCCCUCCUCCGUUGUGGCGCGAGGUACGUCUGAGCUGGAUAAGGCUGCUCUAUCCCAGGGCCUGAGCGUCGUGGGAUUUGCAGAGACCGAGCGAUCCGUGAGGGAGCAGCUGUUGAAUGGGAAAGGCAAGCUCGCAGUCAUAUCAGUGCUGGGAAUGGGAGGGAUAGGGAAGACAACCAUCGCCAGGAAGAUCUACAGCAGCUAUGCGGUCAAGCGUCAUUUUAAUUGUACAAUUUGGGUACUGUUCGUCAGAAAAUUCACACCCACUGAACUUCUGUGGAGCAUCCUAGACUGCAUCCCGGGAACGAAGAUGGAGAAGGAGGAGAUCAGGAAAUUGGAAGACACGCAGCUGGUGAAGAAGCUGAAAACCCUCCUUGAAAAGGUGAGGUACCCUGUGGUCAUCGACGAUAUCUGAGUGAAGAAGGCCUGGGAUCUAAUAAAUUCCGCCCUGCCGCCCUCCCCGGGGAGCAGAGUGAUCCUCACCACCCGCAUAGAGGAUGUCGCUAUGUACACACAGGGAAAAAUCCACAGACUUCCCUUUCUGAGCGAGGAGGAGAUCUGGGAUCCCUCGUCCGCUUCACCCUGCUCAGCUGCCCCCUGCGGGAAUCGCUGCCGGAGGGGAUGAAGGGCAUGCGGGCCCUCGAGGAGCUGAUGUUGGCUGGAGGGCAUGUCCGAGGCAUUUAGAAAAAGGGCUGAGGAGGAUGGAGCUGAUUGGUCCAAGGUACGGCAUAUCCCCUCCGUUAAACUAUCCUACGCGCCUGUAUGCAAUUGA